AGGAGCCAGAGAGAGAGAGAGAGGGAUGAACGAAUGAAUGUAGGAGGAUGCAGAGAGAGGGACAGAGCGCUAGUUGGGAUGGGAAGAGCCGGGAGAGGAAUCUCUAAUAAUAGCACUGCAGGAAAGCAAGAGCGUGCAGAGAAAAAAGUGGUACAUGCAGCAAAGCGAAUCAUGCCGACGCAGAGCAAUGAAAGAGUGCGAUGGAGCGAGAGCGGGGAAAGUUAAAAGCACAUGCUUUGCUUUCCCGCAUGCACGAUAGGAACAGCGUAAAGAGAGAAAAGACAAAUAGGAAGCACAGGGAGAAGGAAUUACAGAGCAAAGACCUUGAGAAAAAGCUGUGUGUUUGAGUCUGUCUCUUACAAAUGGCAACUUUGGACUUGUGUGUUAAGUUGCAGCGUGUGUAAGUGUGUGUGUGAAACAUGUGCUCCACUCGGUCUUCAUCCGAUGAUGCAGAGGUGUGAGAGCCACGAAUCCGAGGUCCAGCGGAGCCCCUCAUUGGACAGCACAGAGUCAGAAUUCACCCGGGCGGCCCGUCGGGGUCACCGCCUGGCCGUGGGGGCCUUCUACGGCUCCCGGGGUUCAAAUGUCAAAGAUCAAACGGCGCAGAGCGACGGAGCUGUGGUCGCCGUCCCGCCGGGAGGGAAGCCUCAGGAUAAGCGUGUGUCUGCCGGUGGGAAGUACGUUGUGUUUUACCUGGACUUGUCGUUUGUGUUGCUCCUAGAGUUUGAGAAGCUGAAGAUGGCUCGUGGGUGCCUGUGUUGUGUCAAAUACAUGAUGUUCCUCUUCAACCUGCUGUUCUGGUUGUCGGGCUGUGGGCUGUUAGGUGUGGGCAUAUGGUUGUCCGUUUCUCAGGGCAGCUUUGCCACAUUCUCCCCAUCCUUCCCCUCCCUCUCAGCCGCCAAUCUGGUCAUUACCUUGGGCUCCGUCGUCAUGGUAACGGGCUUCCUUGGUUGCCUCGGUGCCAUUAAGGAGAACAAGUGCCUGUUGCUGAGUUUCUUCAUUGUACUGUUGAUAAUUCUGCUGGCAGAGCUGAUUUUGCUCAUCCUUUUCUUCGUGUACACGGACAAGGUAAGCGAGAACGCUAAGCAGGAUCUUAAAGACGGCCUGAGGCUCUACAACACGGACAAUAACAUCGGCCUCCGCAAUGCCUGGAACAUUAUCCAAGCUGAGUGGCAGUGUUGUGGUGUAACUGGCCACACAGACUGGCAUGAUGCCCUGCAGGAGAAAACCGUGCCAGACAGAUGCUGCCAGGAACACUACAGAGAGUGCGGUCGCAAUGCCACUAACAUCUUCUGGUCACAGGGUUGCUACGAAAAGGUUGAGGAAUGGUUGAACGACAAUAAACAUUUGCUGGGAACCAUUGCGAUGUGUGUUCUGGUCUUACAGCUGCUCGGGAUGGCAUUCUCCAUGACCCUGUACCAGCAAAUCCACAGGGCGGGAAAGAAGUAUGAUGCCUAGAGGAAACCCAAGUGUUACACUACAAAAAAAACCCCUCUCAGAACACCUAAUGUAUUAUUUCAAACCCGCUUCAUGCCAUCACAAACUAUUUCCAGUGAAAAUGGAGCUGUAUAUAUAUAUAUUUUUUGAGUCCGUCAGAUUUAAUUAUGUAGAACAGACUGUAGAUAUUUUUGCUCGGCUGCUGAGUGGCUAAUUUUUUUGGCCUGAGGUUUAACAGCAACUGUUAGAUGAAAAAUAAUGAUGGGAAUACAUUAGGAGAAGCAAUUAUGGAUGUUUGCAGCCGUUAAGUCGAACGGUUCUGGAAAUAGUCCGUGUACAAAAAUGCCCACGUCAUGUAAAAUCGGAGUUUGGAAAUCUGCAACGCUCAUAAAAAGAAUUAAUUCACUAUUUCUUUAUUGGACACUUGUGUACACGUAGACGCAGUUCCCUUUGCUGAUGUAAUAUAUCGAUCGCAUGCUGUAUAUAUUCACAUUCACAUAAGCGUACUGUACAAUUGCACACAAACAAUCCUUUAUCUGAUUACGUAAGUGUUAGAGAGAGUGGGGUAAGAUGUGCCACCCUGUUAAGCUUCCAAAAAAUGCGCAAGUUUAUUAUUUGGAUAUUCAGAAAGUCUAAAUGUUAUAUAUUUGUGACCCUGGACCACAAAACCAGUCUUAAGUAGCACGGGUGUAUUUGUUGUAAUAGCCAAUAAUACAUUGUAUAGGUCAAAAUUAUCGAUUUUUCUUUUAUGCAAAAAAUUAUUAGGAUAUUAAGAUCAUGUUCCAGAAGAUAUUUUAUAAAUUUCCAACCAUAAAUAUAUCAAAACUUAAUUUUUGUUUAGUAAUAUGCAUUGCUAAGAACUUCAUUUGGACUACUUUAAAGGCGAUUUGCUCAAUAUUUUGAUUUUUUUUCCACCCUCAGAUUGCAGAUUUUCAAAUAGUUGUAUCAAAUAUCAAAUAUUAUCCUAUUAUUCAAAUUCAUAGAUGCAUAAAUCCCACUUUCAUAAAAUUGACCCUUAUGACUGGUUUUGUGGUCCAGGGUUACAUUUGUUAUAUAAAUUUUACAAUUUUAAAAUGUUAUAUAAAAUUAAAAUAGAAAAUUAUUUAAAAUAUAUAUUAUAUAUUAUAACACAUUUUAAUUAUGAAUAUAUAUUUGCUAAAUUUUGGCUGAAUAUUCUGAUUAUUUUUAAGGCAGUUCACAGCUUACCCCACUCUCCCCUAGUCUCAUUUGUUAGAAGUAUAAAUGUGUUUAUUUGUAAAAAAAAGUAUGUUCCGUGUAUGAGAGAGCGAGAGAGAGUCUGGGCUAGUCAUCUGCUCGCUCAGGGCCUUUGUGUCCUGGUGACUCUGUUCUCGUCUCUGUCUACUCUCUUUGUUUUCUCGCUCACUGAUCUUUUCAAAGUGCAUCUGUACUGCUGGGAGGCAAACGAGCUGUCCUACUCCGCCUACCGUCAGGGAAGAGAGGGAGAUGAGAUCAAAGGAUGCAGGAUAUAGAGGUUAGGAAAUAGAGGGGGAGAAAGACCUAAUAACGGCCUCUCUUGAAAACAAACAGCAUCAUGCAAUGGCACCUUAAAGCGUGCAAUGAGAGUUACCUUAUAAGCCAUAACCUCUGCGAACUGUUUGUCGCUCCUGUCAUACAUUCCUAAUCAGUUUGUGAGUGCUGUAGGUAUAUUUUGAUCCACGGAUUAAGUAGUUGCAUUAUUACACAGUAUUGAAUUAUCAGGAUAAUUUAUUACCAAGUGACAUAUCCGCAUUACUGUUUAACCAACAUGUUAUUUUAAAUAAAAGAAAAAUGUUUUAAAUAA